GCACUAUCAGCAAAGGAGCUAUUCCCUUCUUAAAGUGGUUGCUGGAUGACUGCCUUGUGGUAAACUGCAGCCGGUGAUCCAGAUUUGCUCACACCCAGCUUCCUUCCUUUAUUACAAGCUGAAUCCAACCAGCCAGUGAUUGGAAUAUCUCCUCUGGAAGGCCCAAGGAUAUUGUUAGCAGCCGUGGGGAGAACUGGAGUCUGAAGCAGAGCAGCAAGAGGCUGAUUUGGAACAACUCUCUAAGAGAUGAUGUUUGGAAGAAAUGGCAUCUUCGGAGUAGGAAGUUCCUGGAAAAAAGUGGUGAGACAGGAAUCGUCCAAGAGGAAAGUUAUUCUGACCAAAGUGACCCUCCUGCAAAAUGGCUCUCAGUGUGAGGACAUCCUGUCACAUCCAGUGCUAGCCAAGACAGGAAAUCCUGAGGUCAGCCCAGUGCAGCAAACCAAUAAUCACACGGAACUUGCAAAGUCUGGAUUCCAGAGCUCAUUCUCAGAGUAUGCUGCAGUGAAUGAGCCAUCAAACUGCACCAUCCUUAAACUGUAUAAAUCUGAAUCCGAAGAUUCUGGUGUUGAACUGCACAGCGGCGCAAACUCACCCUCUACCCUUUCAGGAUCUGAACAGAGUUUUGUUGUCCAUCGGAGGGAAUCAUCUUGCGACUCUGGGAUGGCUUUGAGCACUGUGUCCUCGUCCCCUGUUAUUCAACAUUGCCCUUUCCCAGCUGACUGUUGCAACUCUGACAAGUGUUUAAAAGGAGAUGGAAAGGCUGAGGGGCAUCAAGAGGCCCCAGUAAAGGUGAAGAAACUACACACAGCCUCUGCAAAUUGGAAAAAAAACAAUAGCUCAAACAGAAACUUUAAUCAGAGUCCUACAGUUAUAGAUGAGGAAGUGACACAGCCCAGACAUGUAUCGCUUGUUGAAAUAGUGAUUGCUGAUACCAGUACACCAGCAUCUCUGAGUGAUACACUGAAGCACGCAAAUGAAGCUCAGUUAGAUCAAGAGACAUUGAAGAGGCGACCAUCAGGUGACAGCCUCAAAGACUACAUGGAGGAAUGCUGCAGGUUAAGUGAGGUAAACCAGGAUAAGGUGGGUGAUCGGGGGUCAGGCCUGGGAUAUCUGGAGCAUAUCUGCCAGCUCAUCGAGACAAUUGGCCAGUUACAGGACCAGAACAAACAGCUUCAGAAACAGGUGUGGAUUGCAGAGAGAGCACUGAAAGUGAACAGGAUGAAGGAGGACUUUUUCUUGAAUCACUGCUCAUGUGGAGCUGUUGGUAUCUUUCGGAGCCUUGCCAGCCUCCCUGAUCUGCAGACUGGAUCAUCCACCAACUUCAACAGCCACAGGAACUCCUUCAAGGGUGAGAACACAGCAGAGAGCAUCAGGAGGUUCGACAGUGUUAGAAGUCAAGGGUUUGACACAGAGCUAGGUGAAAGACAGAGGUGCAGAAAGCCCGUGUGCAGAAACGUGACAAAUCACCAUGAGGUUAAUCUGAUGCACAGCCACGAGGAGGCCAGCAACCUGAACUCUCGACAGCAGGAUCACCAAGUGGCAGAAGGCCAGCCCAGUGGGAAAGUCAAGGCCCUGCUUAGGAAUUCCAGAUUAAAAAAUCGUCCAGUGCGAGAAUCAUCCAGCAUGUUAAAGAGAUCCUGCCCACAGCUUUAUAGACCAGAAGAUGGAAGAGGCAAUAUUCUGAAGAAGGAGGCAAACUCUGCCAGUGCAUGGGGGCUCAACAAGAAAAGUGACUGGGACCAUUCUCCCUGACUCAUCAAGGAAACUCAGUAAAAUAAUACUGGCCAAGGAACUGAUAACACCCAACAAUGUGUGACUGGCUGAUCCAAUGGAGAGGCAGCCUCUGGGACACCACUAUGAACUUACCACAGUUGGCAUUAUCACACGGGUGCUUUGUUAUAUCAUCCAGCUGUCUCUGGAACCUUAUUUUCAUUGCAGUCCAGCCCAGUUUGUUAGAUGGCAGCUCAACAAUGCUGGGGACUGUGUUUGUUAGCCCUUUUCUGUAAUUACACAAGAUAAUCGACAGUCUAUUCGAUACUAUCAACUAACUGACAUGGAUCAGACUUCAUGUUAUUCCAACAGGAGCAUCCAAAUAUUUGUUUUAUCUCCUUUGUUUUUUUUCCAAUUCUUUUGUUUGACUCCCGUUUCCAUCACAAAUACUCAUAUCGACCUUGGAAAAAUGUAUGGAAUUUCUGAUAAGCUAGCGUUCCACUAACAUUUGAACAGCAAACUUUUACAGAUUGUUGACUUUACUAGAGCUUUAGCCCCUUCACCAGAGAUUCAACUUUUCCACCAGAUGACUUAUUUAAACUAUCACCACCGCCAAGCCCAACCUCCAACCCUGGAGGCAAUGGUGCUUGCUGGAGAAUAGUUCCGCAAGUCUAACCCUCAUCCAGCUCUGUCAUCAGAAAUGGCUGCUCGACAAGUCGAGGUUGUUUUGAGUGACCCAAGCACACAUAAGGUGCCUGAUAAUCCCCUCCUGAGCCUGGGAGCUCAGUCUGUUGCCCCAACUGAGGCAGGUUCUCAGAUUCCAAGUAUGUGACGAUUCUGAAUAUAUCGACUCCUAUUCCUGGAAUUUUUGCAGGGCUGUCUGUGGAAAUCAGCAGAGCCCCAAGGGAAAUACUGUGAAGAGCCAUAAUCAUUCCAGCCAAUACUCAAAUCUCCCACUGAAAUUAAGACAAGAACACCACAGAAACGCAGACUGACCAACAAUAUUUGACAAGGGGCAGCAAAAAAUACACUGUGCCUAAACACAAAUGUUUUAACUGAUCUGUGAACUAAACAGGCCAGCUUCUUAAGAAAAUUUUAAGAAGCUGUUUUGCUUUUGAACAAUGUGAAUACUGCAUAAAGCUUUAACACUCCAUUAUAUUUCAUACAUCGAUCAAUUUAUCAGAUCAUUCUAAUUGUGAAGCUAUAACUGUGUAAUUAUACAUGCAGUAGGUAACAUAUUUCUAUAUAUUAUGACUCAACAAAUUGUUAUCAAAUGACUAUGGGUACUAAUAAAAGGCAAAUAUGAACAAGUUAAACAUU